UAAAGACGUGUGAGCAAAUGCAAAUUAAUAAUUACCUAAUUAAUACAAUGCUCCUCCCUUUUAUUCCAGAUAUGAGAAAUGAGUGUUGGACGUCGAAGAAUAAAGUUGUUGGGUAUCCUCAUGAUGUUAAAUGUCUUCAUUUAUUUGAUUGUGGAAGUCUCCAAAAGCAGUAACCAAGAAAAAAAUGGAAAGGGGGAAGUAAUAAUACCCAAAGAAAAGUUCUGGAAGAUAUCUGAACCUCCUGCAGCAUAUUGGAACAGAGAACAAGAAAAGCUGAACAGGCGGUACAAUCCCAUUUUGAACAUGUUGACCAACCAGACAGGGGAAGUAUACGGGUUUUCCAAUAUAAGCCAUCUGAAUUAUUGUGAACCUGACCUGAGGGUCACGUCAGUAGUUUCAGGCUUCAACAAUUUGCCUGACAGAUUUAAAGACUUUCUGCUGUAUUUGAGGUGUCGAAAUUAUUCACUGCUUAUAGAUCAACCGGAUAAAUGUGCAAAGAAACCCUUCUUAUUGCUGGCAAUUAAGUCCCUCACUUCACAUUUUGCUAGAAGGCAAGCAAUUCGGGAAUCUUGGGGCAGAGAAACCAAUGUGGCAAACCAAACAGUGGUGCGAGUCUUUUUACUGGGCCAGACCCCCCCAGAGGACAACCAUCCCGACCUUUCAGACAUGCUGAAAUUUGAGAGUGAGAAGCACCAAGACAUUCUUAUGUGGAACUACAGGGACACUUUCUUCAACUUGUCUCUGAAAGAAGUGCUCUUUCUCAGGUGGGUGAGCACUUCCUGCCCAAAUGCCGAGUUUGUCUUCAAGGGUGAUGAUGAUGUUUUUGUGAAUACACAUCACAUCCUGAAUUACUUGAAUAGCUUGUCCAAGAACAAAGCCAAAGAUUUGUUUAUAGGUGAUGUGAUCCACAAUGCUGGACCUCAUCGGGAUAAGAAACUGAAGUACUACAUCCCAGAAGUUGUUUACACUGGUGUCUACCCGCCUUAUGCGGGGGGAGGUGGAUUCCUCUACUCCGGCCAUCUGGCCCUGAGGUUGUACAAUGUAACUGACCAGGUCCUUCUCUACCCCAUUGAUGACGUUUAUACUGGAAUGUGCCUUCAGAAACUUGGCCUCGUUCCGGAGAAACACAAAGGCUUCAAGACAUUUGAUAUAGAAGAGAAGAACAAGAAUAACAUUUGUUCCUAUAUAGAUUUGAUGUUAGUGCAUAGCAGAAAACCUCAAGAGAUGAUUGAUAUUUGGUCUCGGUUGCAAAAUGCUCAUUUAAAUUGCUAAAAUAUA